UUCUCUCACUAACCUCCACGGUCCGAUCAUACACUUCUCCUCAUCAUCCAACGGUCGAACUUGGUUUACAACUCUCAAUCAAGCACUCUUCAAAAGCAGAACACCAACACAACUACAUAUAAAAGAGCUGCUGACGCUGAGCUGAGUGGAAAACUUCAAAAUCAUCAAAUCAGCGAAAGAAAGAAACGAUGUCGCAGUUUUUGAUUCAACGAGUAUUUGUAGGGAGGAACUUGAAGGCUUUGAGGCCUCAGAUCUUUUGCUUGAGGAGCUCUGCGUUUUCUACAGCCGCCGAGCCCUCAAAAGGGCAGCCUAAUCCUCUGAGGGUUCCGAAUCUUAUUGGAGGUAGUUUUGUUGAUUCACAAUCAUCAGCGUUCAUUGAUGUUAUAAACCCUGCUACGCAAGAAGUCGUUUCGCAAGUUCCUUUGACCACAAAUGAAGAAUUCAUAGCUGCGGUAUCUGCAGCAAAGCAAGCGUUUCCUUCAUGGCGUAAUACGCCAGUUACAACCCGUCAACGCAUAAUGUUCAAGCUUCAAGAGCUUAUUCGCAGAGACAUUGACAAGCUUGCUGUAAAUAUUACAACAGAACAAGGAAAGACACUAAAAGAUGCACAUGGGGAUGUUUUUCGUGGGCUAGAGGUGGUGGAACAUGCAUGUGGUAUGGCAACUCUGCAGAUGGGGGAGUAUGUCUCCAAUGUAUCCAAUGGAAUUGACACAUACAGUGUUCGGGAGCCACUCGGUGUCUGUGCUGGAAUUUGUCCCUUUAACUUUCCAGCAAUGAUUCCAUUAUGGAUGUUCCCAGUUGCAGUUACAUGCGGAAAUACAUUUGUUUUAAAGCCAUCGGAAAAAGAUCCAGGCGCUUCAAUAAUACUUGCAGAGUUAGCAAUGGAAGCUGGUUUGCCUAAGGGUGUCUUGAAUAUUGUUCAUGGAACAAAUGAUAUCGUGAAUGCAAUUUGUGAUGAUGAUGAUAUCAAAGCUGUAUCAUUCGUAGGUUCCAACACUGCUGGCAUGCAUAUAUAUUCAAGGGCAGCAGCUAAAGGGAAACGUGUUCAGUCGAAUAUGGGGGCCAAGAACCAUGCAAUCGUGAUGCCUGAUGCAAGCGAGGAUGCUACUUUGAAUGCCAUUGUUGCAGCUGGAUUUGGUGCGGCAGGCCAGAGGUGCAUGGCACUCAGCACUGUUGUUUUUGUUGGAGGUGCAAAGUCAUGGGAGAACAAACUAGUUGAGCGUGCCAAAGCUCUCAAAGUAAAUGCAGGAACUGAACCUGAUGCAGACCUUGGUCCAGUAAUUAGCAAACAGGCCAAGGAACGAAUAUGCAGAUUAAUUCAAAGUGGUGCUGAUAGUGGUGCUAGGCUACAGCUUGAUGGCAGAAAUAUUGUGGUCCGGGGCUAUGAGCAAGGAAAUUUUAUUGGUCCCACUAUCUUAUCAAAUGUCACGGCAGACAUGGAGUGCUACAAGGAGGAGAUUUUUGGGCCUGUUCUUCUUUGCUUAGAUGCUGACAGCUUAGAAGAGGCCAUAAAGAUCGUUAACGAAAACAAAUACGGGAACGGAGCUUCUAUAUUCACCACAUCUGGUGUCACUGCAAGGAAAUUUCAGACAGAGAUUGAGGCUGGGCAGGUCGGCAUUAAUGUUCCUAUUCCAGUUCCCUUGCCCUUUUUCUCAUUUACCGGUUCCAAGGCAUCUUUUGCCGGAGAUCUGAACUUCUAUGGAAAAGCAGGAGUCAACUUCUUUACACAGAUCAAAACAGUAACUCAGCAGUGGAAGGAUUUACCCGGUGGCAGUGGCGUAAACCUAGCAAUGCCAACUUCUCAGAAGGCAUAGUUAGUUUCCACCCUAGAAUGA